AUGCAAAAUUCAGCCCUGCAGAUUUCAGCUAUGCAGAGGCUAGCUAUGCCAAAUCCAGCUCUGCAGAAUCCAGAUAUACCGAAUCCAGCUCUGCAGAAUCCAGCUAUGCAAAAUCCAGCUCUGCAGAAUUCAGCUAUGCAAAAUCCAGUCCUACAGAAUUCAGCUCUGCAAAAUCCAGCCCUGCAUAUUUCAGCUAUGCAGAAUUCAACCUUGCCAAAUCCAGCUCUGCAGAAUUCAGCAUUGCCAAAUCCAGCUAUGCAAUGUCCAGCCCUGCAGAAUCUAGCCAUGCAGAAUUCAGCCCUGCCAAUUCUAGCUCUGCAACGUCCAACCCUGCGAAGUCCAGCGCUGUCAAGAAGGCGGCCAGAGAUGAAACUCCACAAGUCCACUAUGCCUUAUCGACCACCAAAAAAAUUGGGCAGGAACGAACAUGAUCUUAAAUUUACAAAUAUGAGACUUCAGCUAGCUGACGGUGCAAUUACAAGCCCCCGUGGAAUUUUAGAGGAUGUCGAAGUCACGGUGAGAGGAAUCAAGGUGCUGGCAGACUUUGUGGUGCUCGAUGCAGGGAAAGGCAUUACAGGAGAGAACGGCCAUCUUAUUUCUGACCUUGUGGAAGAAGUGGAAAUUUUCAGCGCUGACAAUUUUUUGCCAGCUCUGCCUAGCACUCCAGCUCUGACCAUUCCUCUAGCUCUGACGAUUCCUCCAGCUCUGACGUUGGACGCCAGAGCAUAA